UUCAGCCACAAUAUUUCCCUUUUUCUUCCUAUCAUAUCUUUUUAAUAGUGUAUUUGACUGUCAUUUUGUUUCGCCCUCACAAAACAAAACUUAUCCCCAUUUUUGCGUCCACAAUGGCCAAAAUUAUACUCUUCCAUUGCUUGCUCUUCAUCUUACUUUCUUCAUCACUAGCACUGUUACAAGGUUCAAGAAUGCAAGCCAUAAUUCCUCAUUCUCAAAGGGCCUAUCAGGGUGCGUCGCACUACGAGGGUGGUGGAAAAAGAUGGGUGAAAAAGAAUUCAAGAAGGUUGAUGAUAGGAUCAGUGGCUCCAACUUGCACUUACAAUGAAUGCAGAGGGUGCAAGUACAAAUGCAGAGCCGAGCAAGUUCCAGUGGAAGGGAAUGACCCAAUGAAUAGUCCUUACCACUACAAAUGUGUUUGUCACCGCUAAUUCUUUUGUCACACACAUAGCUAGCAGCCUUCCAAGAAGAAGGGUACUUUGAAAUUUUCAUCAUUUCGGCUCUUGUGAAAGUUUCAAUAUUGUUCUUUUUGUGGUUGGGUUUGCUUGAAUUUUGGUUUAUUUUGUCUUCUAUAGUGUAAUGUUGAAUUGAUUGAAUCAGAUUUUUUUUUUUUUUAAAAUAAUCUGAAUUAUGCCGUUUUCUUCAAAUGGAAAAGAGAUUUUUGCAUGUUCUUUUUCC